GUUUGUUUUAUUCGCGACACUUUUGCAGCAAAUACGAGUCUAUAAAUAUGGUAUCGUGUUUUAUAUCUGCAGUACCUCAUGCACCUGCAACAGCUAAGAGCAUUCAGCUGACAAGGAGUGUGUUCAUCUAUCUCGAAAUGAGCUCGUUCUGCUAUUUUCUGUUUGCGAUUGCAGGUCUGCUGGGACUUGCUGGAUCAGCCAAUGCGGAUUUACAGAUGGGAUUUUACGCCAAGAGUUGUCCGAAAGCUGAGAAGAUUGUGCAGGAUUAUGUCUACAAGCACAUUCCAAAUACUCCGUCGCUAGCUGCAGCGUUAAUAAGAUUGCAGUUUCAUGAUUGCUUUGUGAGGGGUUGCGAUGCAUCUAUCUUACUAAAUUUUACUUCAAGUACGGGUAACCAGACAGAGAAGUUUGCUAUUCCGAAUCUUACAAUCAGAGGAUUCGGCUUUAUUGAUGGCGUAAAGAGCCUAGUUGAGAAAGAAUGUCCCGGCAUAGUCUCCUGUGCAGACAUUGUUACUUUGGUCGCGAGAGAUUCAAUUGUUGCUACUGGAGGUCCUUCUUGGAAAGUUCCCACAGGUCGAAGAGAUGGUUUGAUUUCAAAUGGCUCAGAAACCAUAGGCCCGAUUCCAGCUCCAUUUUCCAACCUCUCUACCCUGCAAACAAAUUUCGCUAACCAGGGCCUCGACUUGAAAGAUUUAGUCGUGUUAUCUGGUGCUCAUACAAUUGGUUUCGGCCACUGUUCUUCAUUCUCAAACCGACUAUACAACUUCACCGGAGUUGGAGAUCAAGAUCCGUCAUUUGACAGCGAAUAUGUGACCAACUUAAAGGUAAACAAAUGCAAGUUCAUCAAUGACAGCACCACAAGGGUUGAGAUGGACCCAGGAAGUGUUAGGACAUUUGAUCUUAGCUACUACAGUCUUUUACUUAAGAGAAGAGGCUUGUUUGAAUCCGAUGCAGCUUUGACAACAAGCUUAACAACAAGAGCACUCGUCACUCAACUUCUGCAAGGAUCGCUUGAAAAUUUUUAUACUGAAUUUGCAAAGUCCAUGGAGAAAAUGGGUCAGAUUGGAGUCUUGACUGGGUCGUCUGGGGAAAUUCGGAAAAACUGUGCAUUCGUGAAUAAGUAGAUACUUGGUUUUUUAUGACUGCUUGAAAUAAUCUUUUUGUGUUGUAAUUGCAGGCAAGGUCUUUCCCUAAUAAUUUAUUCACCUUACGAUAAUUUGUAGGUGUUCUUUGAUUGUUUUUACUGCUGUAAGUUACAAAUUCAAACUUUUUUUUUUUCA